GUGACGCUGUCCAGCAGAAUGACUGACUCUGUGGGCAAGAAAUGUCAAGUUGGUAAUGUUAAUUAGUGUGUUUUGUUUUGACGUAAAGAUACAAUUACUUUGAAACAUGAUAUCAGACUUAAUUUUAUUCGGGACCUUGCUUGUGAAUGCUGGUGCUGUACUUAAUUUCAAGUUGAAGAAGAAACAAGAAGUUGAAGGUUUUGGAGAAAAUGUUUCAGAACCAACAACUAGUGAUAAAAUUCGAGAAUUCUUACUCAAUUUACGAUACUUUAGGAUAUUCAUUGGAUUUUGGAAUAUAACUGUGAUACUAAUGAUGAUAGUGUUAUUUGGAGCAUGAUUGUUGCCAAUAAUGAAUGCUGCCUUUAUUGGAUUGACGAGAUAAAGAACUUGAAAAUGCAUGGAGGCUGUAACGAAAUAAACUUUUAAUUUAAGGUUCGAAAGUCUUGAGAAUAACUGUUGGUAGUGUACCUUGUUCAUCCUCUGGUCUAUAAUCAACAAACGGGUUGUUUCCUUCACGUCAAACAGCAAAUUCACCAAGAUGGAGCUCAUUUAAAUAAGAGGAGAAAUAUGAAGUUCGUAUUUUGAUUGUAAAAAUUUAAAAAAAAAUAGAAACAUGGGAAAUUAAAAUUGUUUUGUUUUGGUGAAGGUGUUCAUGUAGUUUAUGCUUUUCAUAGACCCUACGCUUAACUAAUGUAUUCUUCUCUCAGACCUCUAAGCCAGGGGUUCUCAACUGGUAGCCCGUGGGCCAUCUCCGGCAUGCAAAUCUGUGUUAUGCGGCCCGCGAGUUAGGCUUGGGCCUAUUUAUUUUAUUUCAAAAUGUUUAAAGUGGGUGACCCUUUCCAGCAUAGCUGAUACAUAGGGGCCCAAUAAAAACAACUCAAAAACGAUACAUAAAAAUCAAGAAUUAACAGAUUUAUAAUAUUUAUACAUAAUUUAAAAAGGUCAGUUAUAAUACAUCAUUGAAGUAAAAAUUCAAGAUUUCUAACCUUAAUAAUUUUGCAUUCUGUUUUGCCAACUAGGCCUAUAUAUUGCCCCACAAAUUGUAGCGAUUUAAUCAAUCAAAACUGAAGAACUAUCACAGCAAAACCUUCGGUCUCUCGCACAGUAUUGCAGGCCUGCUGUUGGAUGUAGUUCUAUAUAUGGGUCUGUGUCUGACUCUUAGGUCAUGAUGGCCUAUAUUAGCAUCUUAUUCUUUUCAAAAAAAUUCUAAUUGGGAAGGGGGACACCCCUCCCUAACCCUCCCCUGGCUCGCACCUGCGGCUCUUGGAUGGCACUAUGUGCCAAAGCACACCUCUUCCACUGGCCCUUCAAAUUUAUUCAAUAAACAAUUUUGGCCCCUAUUGCGAUAUAGUUGAGAACACUUACUCUAAGCUUAUGGAAGCAUAUCAAUAUAAGCCUUACAAAAGAUGUACUGUCUGCAAAAAAAACCCCUCAAAAUGUAAUUAAAGCUUUGAAUAGGAUACAGGGAAAGUAUUAUUUAACUGUCUAUUUGUCAAUACAGUAGAUUUUAAUAAUAGUAUUAUUGUUCGAAUAGUUUUACUUUUGCUGUAACUUUAAGUUGGAAUGAUAUACACUACAUUAUUUUGUUGAGUAUUAAUUUUAUGAAAUUGUUUUCUGAGCUGGAAUCGAAUGUAGAAAAAUAUAUUUACAAGCUCAAUAUGUAAAUAAAUUCAGAUAUUUUCUAUGAAA